GGAGGUGCAGCUUGUGCCGGGAGACAUGUCUCAACUCAAGGUAGUCGACGGCGCCGCCAGCAGCAGUGAUAACCUGGACAACGAGGGUGUGUGCCAGCCGGGCAACGAAAACACCGGGCGGUGGACUUCGGACGAGCACCGGCUUUUCUUGAGGGGCCUCGAGCUUCACGGCAAGGGGUGGAAGCAGAUUGCCACCCUCAUCCAGACGAGGACCGUCGUUCAAAUCCGCACUCAUGCCCAGAAGUAUUUCCAGAAGCUGUCCAAGGCGCAGGCUAGUGGAACGUCACACCUAGACCCCGCGACCCUCAUGAGCACCAUGGACGCUGGAAAGCCUCGCCCCGCCUCUGUGUCACGAAACUUGCGAAGUAGCACCAUGGCGAACAGCGCGGCGGAGUCGGAAGGGAGGCUCAGGAGCCUGAGGAAGCGACGCAAUCGUGGCCGCCACCCGAGGCGGAGCGUUAGCAGCGGCAGCAGCGGCGGCGGCGGCGGAUCGAGCGAAAGCGAAGAGGAGGACGGGGAAGGUGGGUACCGCGGGACGACGCCGGGCACGACGACGACGACGAUGAUGAUGAUGGUGAGGCAAGCAGAAGAAGCGCCUGCGUUUACGGUCGGUGGUGGCAAGAGCAGUGGUGCCCAUGGCGCGGAGUUUGAUGAGGAGGAGGCGGGGGAGAAGGAGUUGGACGAGAGCGUGGAUAUCGAGGGACACAACAACAACAACCGCGGUCUUUCGUCGUCGCUCCUGCACGGCGGCACCGCCGCCGCCGCCGCCGGUACGUGGAGGAAGCGGCGGCCGGCCAAAAGCCACCGGUCUUCCCCGACGAAGGCAUCCAAGGCCGCCGCCAUUGCCGCCGCCGGCGGCGCGGCCGACGCCCGCGCGCUCGCGUGGGAGGCCGCGGCGGCGAAGGCUGCCGCGGGAGAGGAGGACGAGGAGGCUGCUGCUGCUGAUGGUGUAGUAGGUGGUUUUGCCGGGAUGAAGCGCUACCGGAGCGAGAGCGUAAGCAGCAGCAGCAACGACUCGUCGCUCGGCAAGACCAUCAAGAGCCUCAAGCGCACGACCGGGUCGUCUCAGACCACACGGAUUAGUCCUACUUCUGUGGCGGAUGUCAACUUCAUGUCGUUUCCGGUGCCGCAAACGGAGCACUCGGAAAUGGUGAUGCACCACCUGCCGCAGCAGUUGGCCCCCUCCUGGUGCACCAAGCCCCAGGACGCCUGGAUGGCCGGGGCAGGGCUGGACAUGGGGGGUCUCGACGCGGACGACGCGGGGCCGUUCCGGUGGUUCAUCGACGAGCGCUCGCUUUCCGCACCAGGCGCGUUUUUCCAGCCGCCGGUCGAGACCUGGAGCGGUUCCGACACGACCGACGUCUCCACGUCCGCGGGCAGCGACCACCAGCACCACCGGACCGUCGUACCCGAGCAGCUCCCCUCCAGCACGAACAAGGUCGACAUGUCCCCGGGGGGCGUUUUGACUAGCGACAACUCGCACAAUCAGGAGGACGUUUCCAGCGCCAAGCACCGGGGCAUGAUGGAGCCAAUGGUGCCGUCACCGGCCAUCGACCAUCAGGCCGACGUCCCCAUUUCCGACGCGGCGAUGGCCAGCGAGGUUAGCCGUCACGUCGAGGCCGACAACGCCACCGCGUGUGCCGCCGCCGCCGCGGGCUGCGCCGGCGGCGCAAGCGGCGGCGGUGGCGACGGCGGCCACUCCCUCGACAUCACCUCGGGCCUCUGGCUCGACCACCCGCAGGAGGCCCACGAGGCCGGCGCGUCGCCCCUGAUGUACGGCCUUGGCCUGUCCGCUCCCGCCAACACCGGGGGCGCCGGCGGCGGGGGGGGGGCGGGGGGGCUCGGCGGGGGCCUGUCUCUGCCUUCCCUCGACGAGGAGGAGGUUCUGGGGUUCUUGGCCUGCGCGGAGGAGAACAGCAGGCAGGCCGCCGCCGCCGCCGGGGGCGACGCGGAGGAGAACGAUUUGGUAGUCUGAAUCCAACUGAGUUUUUGGCCACCGAGGACUCUCACCGAAGAUACAGGGAUGGAGAAAAAGGCGUUUGGGGCUUGGCCGCGGUGACUCCGAAGAUGUGGAGGCGUUUAGAGAAGUCAUUUAGGUUACUCGUGGACCGAGUGAGUCGUCUCGUCUCGCUUGCGACCGGUGCUACAUGCGGGGGGGGUGUUUAGGGUUGUAUGCGAUGCAAGUAUGGUGGGGCUCCGUAGUCGCAUGAAUGACCGGCGGAAGGUAGGAUUACUUACGUUUCAGCAGCUGCAGCAGCAGCAGCAGCAGCAGCAGCAGCUUCGACGUCUUACACACGAAAAAAAAAAAGGUUGCGUGGAAAAAUAGUCGUGGCAACGUGUGCAUACGAGCAAGCAAGCGCCUGUCUGUCUACCUGUUAUGUCUUGUCUUGCCCGAACGGAGGCUGCUGCUCGAUUUUUAUUGAUUUACAUGUGUGGAUGACGACGGUUGCCGUUGCUUGUUGAGACAUGACACACACGCCCUCCCUUUCUUUUGGAGUCCUUUUUGGGGGGGGCAGGUGCUACGGAGCGCUCGUUGGCUUGGCCUGCGUUCUCGCGCCCUUUGUUUGCUUGGUGUUUGUAUACUAUCUAUUUGCAUCGAUCGCGCUAGCCGGCUGGCCAAAACCCAGUGCCGCAAAAAACGGAAACUGAUUCUGAAGGCCGUGACCCGGGGCUAGGCUAGGGUAUUGCGAGGUGUGUUCGUGUGAAGGGAUGAUGGCAGUGGCAGCACCAUGUGUGGUGAUGUACAGCGCGGGUCGGCCGCUCAAUCCAUGAAGUAGCUGCCGUAGAGGAAGGCGGAAAAGUUGACCGAGAAGCAACACAAGAGAUGAGACGCGGACAAACGAAAGUUCGGCUGAAAAAUGAUGUUUUAGCAGAAGACUUUUUGCCUAUACUACUAUCUUAUCUGGGUCCCAGCAAGCUCGGCGAGCGGGG